UCAGUCUCCGCCAAAUUGCGGUUAAAUUGAUUGAAUCUCCUGUUCCUUAAAACUCAAAACCAAACUGUACGUCUUGUUCUGCAACCUUAACUCUCCCCCGCUUGGAACUCUUUUUGGGACCUUGCCCCUGACAAUUCGGCUCUAUAGCAAUCAAAAUGAAGCACCUCGCAGCUUACCUCCUCCUCACCCUCGCUGGCAACUCCUCUCCAGCUGAGAAGGACAUCAAGGCCGUCCUUGAGUCCGUCGGUAUCGAAGCCGACGAUGAGCGUCUCUCAUCCCUGAUCUCCGAGCUCAAGGGCAAGGACCUCCAGGAGUUGAUCGCUGAGGGCUCAACCAAGUUGGCCUCCGUCCCAUCUGGUGGAGCUGGCGGUGCUGCCGCCCCUGCUGCUGGUGCUGCCGCUGGUGGUGCCGCUGCUGCUGCUGAGGAGAAGAAGGAGGAGAAGGAAGAGGCCAAGGAGGAGUCCGACGAGGAUAUGGGUUUCGGUCUUUUCGACUAG